UUGCCUUGGACUUGCCCGAUUUAGAAUGCAACCCAAAUAAUGAUAAUGAAAAUUAAUUUAUAUUAGUCUAAUGAUUAUAAGAAAUGCACAAAUUAAAUUCAACGUACAAGGCACAUAAAAAAUCCAAUGUAUUAUUCUCUUAUAUCCCCUUUCUAGAUCCUUCAAAUUAUCUGUCAUAUAUGCUGCUAUCUUUCUCCUCUUGAAAUAAACUACAUUACACUAUUCCUUAAUGUAUUUUCAAUAUGGAAUUCAUUUCAUUAUCAAAUUUAUUUUUCUCAAAUUUGAAUAUGUACUUAUUUUCACCACCAAAAUUUUCAUUUUAAGACAUUUUUGGACUCUCUAAUGUUCAAACUUAUGUUGAAAAUUUACCCAUUAAAUUGCAUACUUAAAAAAAAUUGAAAGAAAAAAUAUGUGGUUAAUUUUAAUCGCUGACGAAAAAAAAAAAAAAUCAAUGAAAAGAAUUUCUAAUUCUGCAGUUUAGAACAGAAGACAAGGCAUCACUAAAAAUAAUGAAGGAAUAUAUCACAGGCCAACAAUGACAUAAACACUAUUUUAUGACAUUGUGAUCUUUCAAGAUCCUAUAUUAUUUUUCGAUCUCCUUCGCUAUAUAUACACUUUCUUUCCAAGAAAAUUGAAGAAAGUUUGUGAAAAUAUUUAUGAAUCUAUCAAUGGAAGGCAUCAUUAUGUCAAAUCCUAUGCUCCCUCCCGGUUUUCGAUUCCAUCCCACGGACGAAGAACUCAUCACCCAUUAUUUGAAAAAGAAAGUCUCAUCUCCUUCAAAUCCAAUAGUUUCCAUAGUAGCUGAGAUUGAUCUCUACAAGUUCAAUCCUUGGGAACUUCCAGAUAAGGCUUUGUUUGGGGAGAGUGAGUGGUUUUUUUUUACCCCAAGAGACCGGAAAUAUCCAAAUGGGGCUCGCCCUAAUAGAGCGGCUUCAUCGGGUUAUUGGAAAGCCACUGGGACCGAUAAACCAAUCCUUUCCUCUUAUGGAUCACAGUGUGUUGGUGUGAAGAAAGCUCUUGUGUUCUAUGGAGGUCGUCCUCCCAAGGGCACCAAAACCGAUUGGAUGAUGUAUGAGUACAGACUUCUCGAUGACAAUUGUCAAUCCAUGAGGAUUAGAGGAUCAAUGAGAGUAAGUUUAACGAUACAACAAUGCUACAGACUUAAAAAUAUUUAACGAAAGUGUUCAGAAUGUAGUGUUAUGGAGACUUAAGUGAAGUCUAGAGGAAAAAACAUUAAAAACUAUAAAUGGAACUCUUUGUUGGAGAGAAAUUAACACUGAAACAAACAUGUCCAGCUGGUAGCUGAAGGGGACAUCAUUAGCAUGAUCAUCAACUUCAAAUGAUAAUUUUUCAUUUAUUUUUUAUUUUAAAGUGUACCAACUUCAUGGAACUACUCCAUUAUUUACCCCAACCAACCAAUAAUGUUUUGAUUUACCAAACUAGCGUUA